CUGUAUAAAAAAUCGAUAAACUAUUCCAAAUGUCUGUGAAUUCUUGGGCCAAUGGUCUAGUAAAGACACUUAAGGAUCCCUCCACCCAUAUUAUAUCCUCAAAUUUGGCCGUUGUUAUAAGUGAUAAAUAUCCCAAAGCAAAACAUCAUUAUUUGGUGUUGCCACAUGAAGACAUACCCUCGAUAUUUAAUCUAAAUAAAACCCACCUACCUUUGUUGGAAGAACUAUAUUUGUUAGCUUUAAAUGUGAUAGAAGUUAAGCAACAGAAAUUGCAAAAUUUUAAAAUUGGUUUUCAUAAUCAGCCCAGUAUGCAACGUUUACAUUUACAUGUUAUUUCCAAAGAUUUUGUGUCGGACUGUCUAAAGAAGAAAAAACAUUGGAAUAGUUUUAAUACUGGUUUAUUUUUAGACUAUGAAGAUCUCUGUAAGCAGCUACAGGAAACUGGACAAGUUAAACGUUUGGAUAGUGAUACUUUAAAAAGUUUAAGUAAUGUGGAUUUAAAGUGCAAUCAAUGUGAUUUUGUUGCCAAAAAUAUGCCUAAUUUAAAACAGCAUUUACUGCAGCAUUUUAAUUAAAUAAAAAUUUUGCAAAUAAUUAA